AUGUCUGUGAACAUGAGCUACAAGAACUGGGAUGGGAAAUACCCUGCUCCACCAGGUGCAACCGUCAUAUUCCGCUGUCCUGCAAGGUUCAAUGACGGGUCCUUCGAACACAAUGCUACUUGCUCUUUGCUGCAUGAUCAUGAUUGGGACACAUCCUUUCAGAACAAGGAUGUGCAAUGUCCACCGGCUGUAUAUCCUGACUGCCGUCUGUCGGAGAGUGGGAAGGAGUACAUCGGUACCACGAACGUGACAGAUUCAGGGAAAUCAUGCCUCAGGUGGGAUUCCAAGCAAGUGACUUCUUCGUAUGGUUCCGUGGAGGCAGGGUUCAAUGGAGUCUUGUCUUUCGAGGAGCACUUCUUGAACCAGGACCCGUCCUGGCACGAGAACUUCUGCCGGAACCCAACAACGAUGGCUAGGCCAUGGUGCUUUGUCGACGUUGACGGCGCGCCGGAAUGCAAGUUGAGCCAGAAGGGAGGAGAGUACGUGGGCACGAAAGACAGGACCAUUUCAGGCUUCGCCUGCGUGCCAUGGCUAGAUCCGGACAGAAGUGAAGGUGACAUGAUGCGUGGGGCCCGUGAAGGAUCAUUCCCAGAUGAAGUCACAAAAAGCCACAAGUUCUGCCGAAACCCUAACGGUAACCCAGGUGGUCCUUGGUGCAACAUCAAAGAUUCCCGAAAGCCGAACCUGAAGUGGGAGUACUGCGAUGUCUCUUUUUGCGAUUUUGACGAUUCGGGAGGCGGAAGCAAGUCAGGAGGCCAAUAUGAAUCAAACGGAGGAGUACUGCAGCUCAAUUACGAAGAAUGCCGAAUCACAGUGAUGGGGAAGGAAUACAUAGGUGAAGCGAACAAGACGGAAACAGGAAAGGAAUGUAUUUCCUGGAUGGAUGUGAUGGAACAAGGCUUUCCGUUAACAAGUUUCAUUUUCUCCCACUUACCAUUCCAAGAUCGCCAGCUCCCUGGACCGCCUCAGAAGAUCGUGGAUUUCCUCUACUUGUGGAUUGAAUCAGUUCACUAUACGAAAUCACGCUCACCUGAGUUCGACACCUGCCGAAAUUACGGCUCGAAGCAGCGGCCCUGGUGUUUCGUCUCCAUUGAGAAUCCCGCAUGGGAAUACUGUGACAUUCCUUUCUGUCGUGGUCCCAAAGGUUUGCAAAUAUUUCAAUAA